AUGCGCUGGGGGGGGGGGGCGCGGAGCGCUGCGGAGCCUCCCCUUACCGCCGGCUGCUGCUCCUCCGCGCCGGGCGAGGGGCCGGGCGAGCCUGCGCACAGCGGCGGCGGCGGCUCUGCCCAGCUCCCGCCGAGGACAAUGGGGUGCGGCCGUGCCCGCUGCCCCGCCGUGCCCCCCUGCCCCGCCGUGUUCGCCGUGCCCGCGCCCCGCCGUGCCCGCUGCCCCGCCGUGCCCCCCUGCCCCGCCGUGUUCGCCGUGCCCGCUGCCCCGCCGUGCCCGCGCCCCGCAGUGCUCCCCGUGCCCACCUGCCCCGCCGUGUUCGCCGUGCCCGCCUGCCCGCCGGCUGUGCGCCUGCGCCACCUAGCGGCCCGCUCUGAGGGCCCGGCAGCACAAGCUGUGCGGAUGAGCUUCAUUUUCAGUGUGAAGCACCGGUCACUUCCUGGUACAACAGCGGUUGAAUGUGCAUUAAAUUUGAAGAUAUAUACAGUCCAAACAGUGCAGGAUUUCUGGAGUGUCUACAACAACAUUCCUCCUGUGACAAACUUGCCUCUGAGAUGUAGCUACCAUUUAAUGCGGGGAGAAAGGCGCCCGCUUUGGGAAGAAAGCAAUGCCAAAGGAGGUAUAUGUAAAAUGAAGGUCCCUAAAGAAAGUACGGCUGCAGUUUGGAAAGAGCUACUGCUAGCAACUACUGGAGAGCAGUUUACAGAUUUCUGUGCAGCAGAUGAUGAAGUAAUAGGGGUUAGUGUCAGUGUUCGUGACCGUGAAGAUGUUGUGCAAGUCUGGAACAUGAAUUCCUCUUCAGCAAGUGAAGCAAAAGUUUUAGAAAAGAUUAAUAAACUUCUUUCACACACAUCUUUUAAAGCGGUCUUUUAUAAAUCCCACAGACAGCAUCAUGCUUUUGAAGGCUGA